CUUUAAAUACCUUUGCACCGCACAGAUCUGUCAAGCCUAGUAAGGUCAGAAAGCUUUCACUACAGAGAGAAGAGUGCAUUGCAGCCUGAGUAUUACUAGCUUUAAAGCCUGGACACAGAGGUUUGCAAAAUGAAUGGAGACCCUUUUCAGGAGACCAUGUACAUUGAAGAAAACGCAUAUAAAAAUGAUAUGAUCUCUUUGAUUUUCUCUCUGAAAGAAAAGGUUGGGGCGUUGGCUACAGUUCUGCGCAUAUUUGAGGAAAAAAGUAUAAACCUGACCCAUAUUGAGUCCAGACCUUCCCGAGUCAACAAAGAUGAGUAUGAAUUCUUCAUAAACCUGGAUAGGAGGAAUACUCCUCUUCUCACAGAUAUCAUCAAAACUUUGAGAAACGAAAUCGGAGUGACUGUUCAUGAGCUUUCACGUAAAAAGAAGAAAGAUGCUGUACCAUGGUUCCCGAGAACUAUCCAGGACCUUGACAGAUUUGCCAAUCAGAUCCUAAGCUAUGGAGCUGAACUGGAUGCAGACCACCCUGGUUUCAAAGAUCCUGUUUACCGGGCCCGCAGAAAGGAGUUUGCUGACAUCGCCUACAACUACAGACACGAGCAGCCUAUUCCUAAAGUGACUUACACAGAGGAAGAAAAGAAAACGUGGGGCACAGUCUUCAGGGAGCUGAAGACUCUCUAUCCAACUCAUGCUUGCUAUGAACACAACCACGUGUUCCCGCUACUGGAAAAAUACUGUGGCUACCAGGAGGAUAAUAUUCCACAACUUGAAGACGUUUCAAAAUUCUUGCAAACUUGCACUGGAUUCCGCUUACGCCCUGUCGCUGGCCUGCUGUCUUCUCGGGAUUUCCUGGCUGGUUUGGCAUUCAGAGUGUUUCACUCUACACAGUACAUCCGCCAUGGAUCUCAACCAAUGUACACACCAGAACCUGAUGUUUGCCAUGAGCUCCUAGGACAUGUACCUCUGUUUGCUGACAUUAGCUUUGCUCAAUUUUCCCAGGAAAUUGGACUCGCAUCCUUGGGAGCGCCGGAUGAAUAUAUUGAGAAACUUGCUACGGUCUAUUGGUUUACGGUGGAAUUUGGACUCUGUAAAGAAGGUGAUGCAAUAAAGGCCUAUGGUGCUGGGCUGCUGUCUUCAUUUGGCGAGUUGCAGUACUGUUUAUCAGAUAAGCCUGAAAUUCAAUCCCUUAACCUGGAGAAGACUUCAGUCCAGAAAUAUCCUGUCACUGAGUUCCAGCCUGUUUACUAUGUUGCUGAAAGUUUUAAAAAUGCAAAGGAAAAAGUAAGGAGAUUUGCUUCAACAAUCCCUCGGCCUUUCUCUGUUCGCUACAAUCCAUACACCCAGAGAAUUGAAGUCUUGGACAACGCAAAGCAGUUGAAGAAUUUAGCUGAGUCCAUCAGCAGUGAGAUGGGAACUCUUUGCAGUGCCCUCAAGAAGAUACAAUGAAGGUUUUCCCAACAUCCUCUCUUCCAAGAGCUACUGGCUGAAGUGACUAUAUGCAAAUGCCAAUAAUAUUCUAGCUAUUUCAUAUUAUCACUCUAUUGAAUGUGUGAAUGUUUAUGAGAUAUAUAUAUAUAUAUACAUACACACAAAUAUAUAUAUUACUUAAUUACUAUAGCUUAGCAACAAAAGAGGCUUCUGUGGGUGACUCUGUGCUUUCUUUGGUUGCAUAUCAUAAUUCUGUUUAAAAUUCACCUCAGCCCAGGUGACUAUCCAUGGCCUGCACAUCUUUUCUGUCUGAAUCCUGGAGGCUGGCAGAAGAGGGAAUCCUUCUCCAUUCACCAGCCUGUGGAGUUACUGGUACUGCAUUGCCGCCAUGUCCCAGUGACAACGUGGCAAUGACUAGCAGCAGAUUCACCUACCCUGCCACAUCCCUCCUACACUCCCAUCCCCCCCAGCCUGCAGCCAUGCCGGGUUCCCCUGGAGAGCUAAGCUCUGUAUCCCUAGCUAGUACACAGGCUAUACAUGUCCUCACAAACCAUGUGCCCUACAUAGCAAAUCUGCACCUCUUCCACCACAUACGGGGCACUCUGCACAGAGAAGAGGCCACAGUUUGCCACCUUAACAUGGGGCUUAAGUGGUACCUUGUGUGGGUCCUCUGCACUGGGAUGAAUUUUGCUGUAAAAGUUUUUGUUCUUCAAAAGUGACUUCAGAUUUAGUCAAAGAGUAGAUGCUCUGCUGUUACUAGUGGAGAAUGUGUUUUCAGUAUGUUUCUGACUCAUUAGUGAAGAUUUCUCUUCCAGUGUUAAAAUAUUGUGUUCACACCAUGUGCAGUGUGUUCUCACAGCUCAUAGUCCAGGGACUAAAUUUGCUAGGUCACAAAUUGGAUAUUUGAACCAUCCUGAGCUAAGCAGAGCAAAUCAGUGUUUCCCAUUAACAGUGUUUCCCAUUAACAAUUUUCCCAUACACAAGUUUCAACAUGUGAUGACAGGUUUCGGAGUGGUAGCCGUGUUAGUCUGUAUCAGCAAAAACAACGAGGAGUCCUUGUGGCACCGUAGAGACUAACACAUUUAUUUGAGCAUAAGCUUGGGUUUUAGCCUACGAAAGCUUAUGCUCAAAUAAAUUUGUUAGUCUCUAACGUGAUGAGAGGUUCUAAAGCUGCUCUGGGCUUUACAAAAGUGAUUUAAAAGUCCACUCUGGCUCCAGGUUUUUUGUUAGUCUCUAACAUGAUGAGAGGUUCAAAAGCUGCGGUGGGCUUUACAAAAGUGAUUUAAAAGUCCACUCUGGCUCCAGGUUUUUUGCUGCCCCAAGCACAUGCUUUGAAGGCUAGUGCCUAGAGCCAGCCUUGUAAGGAUACCAGCUGGGACUUUUUUGAAUAAAAGUAUAUUUAUACAAAAUGGCAUCAUUUUGGUGCUUUGAAGUAUGACUUUUUAUCACUGAGUUUUUUAUUGUGUGGUAAUGUCUGUGCAAACCUUUAAUCCCUGGCACUUAUUUCAAAAGUGAAAAUAGCCCAUGUUCCUUCCCUUCUGGUAUAGUGAUACCUCUAAGGUGAUUGUGUUCACAAAAGGAUGAUUUCACCACAAGUUUGAAGUCUUUCAAAAUAAUCUGCUGCUGGCUUUCAAAUCUUGUUGUGACUGCUGCUAUGAAUAACAGUAGAACAGCAUCCAUGGUGCUGUUGGAAACACAGGAUACAUGGUUUCCUUUAUACUUAAGUGGAAUUAUUAAACAACUUUCACAUUUAGGGUCUGAUUCUGUCUCAUUUACACAGGCGUAGGCUGGAGUGACUUCAGUUAAGUCAAUGGCAUUACACUGGUGUCAAACUAGUGUUAAGUGAGGGGAGAGAACUGGCCUCCUCAGGAUUUUAGAAAUGGAUGAAAUAAACUGAAAGUAGAUUUUCUUACUAAAAAAUAAGCUUAUGCAUUUAUUUUUAAAUAUUUUAAAUUAGUUGCAUUUAGAAUACUAGUUUUAGUGGAUAGCUCAAGAAAGAAAUUAAAAUUUGUAAAAAAUCUUUUAAUUUCUCUUCUCUCUGGUAAACAUAUCAUUCUGCUUUGUAAACUAAAUGCAUGUAAAUGUUUAGUAAGCCAGUAUUAAAGCAAAUAUUUACAUAUAUAGAGAGUAUUUUUUAAAUGGUGUGUCAGAAAGACUUAAUAAAAAAAAUACCCAAUAUUAUUUUUGCACUUUUGCAGUAUCAUUCAUGCAAGAACAUCAAAAUGCUUUAAACCAUUAACUAAGAUGUCUCAGAUCCAUGAAGUAUUACCUGUAUUUUACAGUCAGGGAAACCGAGGCAAAGAAAGUUAUUGGCAUGUCCAGGAUCUCAAGCCUGAGAUAAAAAUUCUGGAUUGGCGCUGUCAAUUUAGGCUAUUAUAGUCUUCCCAUUAUAGUGCUAUCCAUGUACUUAGGGACUCAACUAUGACUAAACUUCUGACCCCCAGUCCCAUGCUAUAACCUCUUCCUCCAGUGCUUCUUGUAGAAUAAGCUAAAAUAUCCAUGGUGCCUUCAUUCCUGGCUAAGGUGAUCAAAAAGUUGUGGUGAGACAGCUUUUGCAGUAUCCAGUUGCCUCAGAUCUCCUUGACCCUUUUCAGCUUGGGUACCAAUCUGGUUACGAAACAGAGUCCUCUUUAGUUGCAUUGAUAGAAGAUCAGCUGUCCAUGCUGAUAUUAUUACAGUAGGUAGCUGCCUUUAAUAGAGUUGAUCAUGAUGGUGUUAUUGUAAGAUGGGGAAAUAGAGUGGGAGGGAGACUUGUGAUUUUACCUUGCUUGCUGCUGAUGGUUUAAUCUUAAAGUAUACUGCUACAUUUAGCAUGGACUGUAUUUUUAAGUUAUGUCAAAGGUGUAUAGAUAGAAGACCUGGUUAGCAUUUAAUUAAUCUAAAUGAAUAAUUGCAAUACCAUAUAAAUUCAUUAUUAAUAAAGCCGCAACAAUAAAUACAAUGUAAAAACCACUGUAUAAAAAGGAUUUCUGCUGAAAUAAGUUAGUUGCUUUUGGUUGAUCUGUUUGUUUUUCCUAAAAGUGCCUAUAGCUAAUAUGAUUGGAGUGGCUUUUCAUACUUUUGUAUACCCAGUUUCUUCUAAGCUCCAUAAAGUAACACUAAUAAUAAGUGAUAUGUGCACAUCAAGUAGUGACUAGAUGCCAUAUAUUAUAUAGUGCAUUGUGAUAUUCUGUACUUUGAAGCAUUUACUUUUCAUCUUCAGUAUGGGGGUUGGGAUGUAAUUAUACAUCUUCUUUGAGUAGCAUCUCUUUAGCAGGUUUUUCUGUCUCCGCAAAUGCACAGUUGAGCCAACACUUACUUUGGUGCCUCACUGCAUCCAAAUCAUUUAACUUCCUUACCAUUUAUUUUCAUUAAACUGCAUAUGUUCACUGUUACUUUUUAUAUCAACAGAUUAUCAUGUCCUUUGCAGAGCUAAAUAAAUACAGUGUUCAGUACAUAUUAAGUGUUGAGCAAUGUAGUGAUUGAAAUGCUGAUCCUUGUAUAUGUCUUAAAAGCAAUAGGUGAAAGUUUUGUUUUGUUUUAUGCAAAUAAAAUUGCUAACAAUAAAACCCAUUAACCAGA